AUGCAAGGAGACAGUGUUGACACUCCUAUGAAGAUAGUGGAAGUUGAUACCUAUAAGGGACCCAAAAGGAAGAAACAAAAGCAUGCAUCUCAAGCAAGCAGUGAGGAUGCCCGAUCUGAAAUCAGCAAUCAGAGCUAUAUGUAUGAUCAACAAAGUGACAGCAGUUCAGUUCACACCACACCAGACCACCGAACCAAUGGAAGCAAGCGUAGAUUAGACAUAGACCCAUCUUUACCAUCAAUCACAAUAUCAGAAGCUGAAGGGUUAGCGUCGACUCAUGGCGAAAGUGAUGGGGAAAACCACGAUUUUCUUAUGAAAGGCAGCCAAUCUAUACGCAGUGGACAAAGCAUGUCUUCCAGUCUUGGCUUGACAUCAUCGAUGGGAAGCCGUGACAGUCUAAGCAGUUACUACAGCAAUGCCGGUGAAGUCAACUAUGGUAAGAUAAAUGUGACUGGUGACAUUCAGUUUGGUUUGGACUAUGACUAUAAGACAAGUUGCCUUGAAAUUCGGGUCAAGCAGUGUCGUAAUUUAGCCCCUGCUGAUGUCAAGAAGAACAAAUCAGAUCCGUAUGUUAAAAGUUACCUUUUACCAGAUAAAACUAAAACAGGCAAGCGGAAGACUAAAGUAAAGAAAAACAGUCUGAAUCCUACAUUUGAUGAAACACUCAGGUAUUACAUUGCCAAAAGUGAGCUAGAAAAUCGGACACUGUGGUUGACCGUGUGGCAUAAUGAUCGCUUUGGGAGGAAUGAUUUCUUAGGAGAAGUUACCAUUCCAUUUGAUUACUACCGGUUUGAAGGACCUACAUUAAAAUGGCAUCAACUGCAGCAAAGACAAGAAUAUUUGCCAUCAUCUCUUUCAUACAAAGGCGAGCUGACCUUAUCGUUAAAGUUUGUAACUGGUGAUAAACUGCUAACGGGGUCCACAACAUCUUUAAAGCACAGUAGAGAAGGCAGAUCUGAAGUUUCAGAUGGAGGACAACUUCAUGUUUACAUUAAAGAGGCCAAAAAUUUGACAGCAGUUAGAUCUGGAGGAUAUUCUGAUCCUUUCUGCAAAGGGUAUUUAUUACCAGAAAAGAACCGAUCAUCAAAGCAAAAAACUCCAGUGGUAAAGAAAAAUUGCAACCCGGUUUGGAAUCAUUCCUUUAUAUUUGAAGAUGUGUCUGCUAGUUUAUUGGCUGACCGAUGCCUAGAACUCACUCUGUGGGAUUAUGAUCGUAUAUCAAGUAAUGAUUUUCUUGGUGGCGUUCGACUGAAUUUAGGAUCAGGUAUUUGUGGUCGGAGAUAUGUUGAUUGGAUGGAUGCUGUUGGUGAUGAAAUCUCAUUGUGGCAGUCAAUGAUAUCUCGACCAAACACUUGGGUUGAUGGAACUCUUAUGUUACGUGCAAACAUGAGUAACAGAAUGUGA